CAAAAUCGUCUGAAUACAGGAUCAAACAGCUGAUUGACUCUUCGAGGACUCUAGGCCAUAUACUAGAUCGUGUUAAUGCUUCUUGAAUGAAUAAAUAACUGUGAACAGAAAUGGAGGCGGAUAACGCAAGAAAGAAUAGAUAUUAUAAAUGAAGGAAAUUAAAGCAACAGCUCAAGAAUCGAGUACGAGAAGGAAUGAUGGAAUCGGCACCACUGCAUCCUGCUUAUCUCUGAUCAUUACGAUUAUUAACAGGCAGAAUGAUCAGACUAUGGACAGGAUUUGAACAGCUGGCUCUAGGUUGAACAGCACUUGAUAGUUCUUCAAAUAUUCAGCUUAGUGCAAGAUAUAGGAAUUGUUAAGCUUGGAAAAUCGUAAUAAUUACUUCAAUGGGUGACCUGUAUCAUCAUGGAUGAAAAACACUGUGAUGAGCACUGUGAUGUAUUGCUGCAUGGCAAAACAGCUGAAGGAAUUAAAAUUAAGGUAGAAAGCAAUAUGGACUUCAGUGAUAAGAAUUACCCAGUAAGAGAUAAAGAAAGUAAUGAAACUGAUUGUAUUUAUAUAAAAGUGGAAAAUGAUGAAAAUAACAAAGAUGAAUGUUUAGCAUCUGAAGAAUGUGGACAGAGUGACACUGUAGUUGAAAAUAACAGUGAUUUGGAAGGGAAAACUGAAAAUAUGUGCAUUUAUGACAAGAAUAACAUCUAUAUAAAGAUUGAAAAUGAUGUAGAUAUCAAAGAUGAGGUACCAUAUUCUGAAGAUAUUGAAGGUUUUAACAAAACAACUAGAAUUGAUUUAGAUGAUUGUGAAUAUGAAGCCAAAGAGCUUGUAAGUGAAGAUCCUUUAUUAUCACUCCCAUGUGAGAAUGGGGAUUAUGAGGAAAAGUAUACAGCAAAAAGUAAUCAGGGGAUGCAAAAAAGAGUGUAUAUAAAAGGGAAGCCUUAUAGCUGUGAUGUAUGUAGUAAAUCAUUUGCCAGGAAGGAUCAUCUAGUGAAUCAUAUUAGAUUACAUACCAAGGAAAAGCCUUAUUGUUGUGAAAUCUGCAGCAAAGCCUUCUCUGAGAGAGGUACUUUAGUGAAACAUGUGCGAAUACACACUAAAGAGAAGCCUUUCAGUUGUGAAGUAUGUAGUAAACCAUUCUCAGAGAAAGGGCAUCUCUCAAGACACAUGAGUGUACAUAUAAAAGAAAAGACCUUUAUUUGUGAGAUAUGUAGUAUGAACUUCUCACGGAAAGAUUAUUUAGUGAGCCAUAUGAGAGUGCAUACAAGAGAGAAACCUUUCAAGUGUGAAAUUUGUAGUAGGACAUUUGCUAGGAAGGAUCAUCUUGUGACACACACCAGGCUUCAUACAAGGGAGAAACCAUAUAGUUGUAAAGUAUGCAACAAGACAUUCUCUGAUAAAGGACAUCAAAUGAAACACAUGCGUAUACAUACAAAGGAGAAGCCCCAUUGUUGCAAUGUAUGUGGUAAAGCUUUCUCUGAGAAAGGUCAUCUAGUCAGACACAUCAGAGUACAUACAAAGGAAAAGCCUUACAGUUGUGAAGUUUGUCAUAGGGCAUUCUCUGUGAAAAGUAUUUUAGUGAAACACAGGAGAACACAUACAAAAAAUUCUGAAAUAGCAGUGCUGCAAGGGAUUCAGUCAUGAAUGAUGUUCGAGUAGCACAAAUGAAAAUGUAAAUUAAGAAGAGAUAUUGCAAGUGGAAUAAAUAUGUUAGUGAGGUAAGCAACCAGAGUACUUAUCUAGUAUUCAGGAGUUCAAGCUUCUUGGUUUCUGUGAAUGAUCUGGAAAACAACUAUUCCUUGCAUGCAGGGGAGGUGGUGCUCUACCUGUAGGUUGAGGUCAUGUGUUAUCCAACAUCUGUCCAUCUUACUGUUACCAUUAUAAUUUUCUUUGGAAGAUAUGACACUGUACUACAUUCAAAUGACAACAGGAAAUGAAUCACAAAAUCUCAGAGCAAA